AUGCCCGUCAGCAAUUUACACGAUAGAGUUGUCCUUCAGCAUCCCAAGGGAUCGACUGUCGAGGUCCUGUUCUAUGGUGCCACAGUCAUUUCAUGGAGAGCGGCAGAUAUCGGCGCUUCUGAGGUUAAGGAACGACUUUUCGUGUCCUCGAAGGCAUUCUUAGAUGGUAGCAAACCUGUCCGUGGUGGAAUACCGGUUGUCUUCCCUUGUUUCGGUGCUCCUACACAUCCAGAGCACUCAAAGCUUGGACAACACGGCUUUGCACGAAGCGAGGUGUGGUCCUUGGACUCUGUGGCAAUGGACAAUGACGCUGGCGUUUCUGUGCGACUGACCCUCGAACAAAAUCACAAAAUCACUCCUAUCUUUCCUAAGCCCUUCCAUCUCACUUAUGUCGUGACAUUGGCAGAACAUCAACUCAGCACCGAUCUCCAUGUCAAGAAUGCAUCCAGCACAGCAGGAGAUUCCCUCGAGUUCCAGGCCCUUCUCCAUAACUACAUCCGUGCCCCCGCCGAUCAAGUUCAAGUUGCUCCCCUUCAACAUUUGCAAUACUACGAUAAAACUGAGACCAGCGAUCAAGCACGAGCCUUGCCCAAAGUGGAGGCCAGAGCUGCAGUGGAUGUCAUUCGCUAUACAGAUUCGGUCUAUCAAGAUGCUCCACAAAAUUACAAGGUGGCAUGGCCGGAGGGGGGUCUCAAAAUCAGAUCGGUCAAUUUGAAAGAUGUGGUUGUUUGGAAUCCGCAGGAAGAAGGCCGAAAAAUAGCUGAUAUGGAGGAAGAUGGAUGGAAACACUACAUAUGUGUUGAGCCAGGCUUCGUGCGAGGGUUUGUGAAACUUGAAGCAGGGAAGACAUGGAUUGGACAGCAGGUUAUUUCGGUGCUAGGACCAGUCGAAUCUGCGUUGUGA